AAUCGUUCGUCACAAUUUUUUUAUGAUAGAUUACGUUAUAAAAAAUUAUUGAAUAUUCGACCACGAAUAAGUGAUCGAAUACAAAGUGAUAAUAUUGAAAAUUUAGUCAAACGUUUAUUACCUCAACAUUAUAAAUAUUUUAUCAUCAUUGUUGAUCAUCAUUUUAUCGAUGAUAAUGGUGGUGGUGGCUAUCUCGAUCGAUUCAAGAUUGAAAGUAUUCAUAAAAAACAAAAAAUAAAAAUUACAGCUACAACUGCUGUAGCUGCUGCCAAUGGUCUUUAUUAUUAUCUGAAAUAUGUGACAAAUAGUUCGAUAUCAUGGUCUGGUGAUCAGAUUAACAUCAACAUUGAUGAUAUACCACCAAUGAUUGAUCAUACAAUUGAAAUGACAAUACGUGAAAAAUUCCGUUAUUAUCAAAAUGCUUGUACAACAUCAUAUUCAAUGGUUUGGUGGCAAUGGAAUCGAUGGCAACGUGAAUUGGAUUGGAUGGCAUUACAUGGUAUCAAUUUGGCUUUAGCAUUCAAUGGCCAAGAAAUUGUUUAUCGUCGUACAUUUCAACGAUUUAAUUUAACUAUUGAAGAGAUUGAUGAAUAUUUUACUGGACCAGCAUAUUUAGCAUGGAAUCGUAUGGGAAAUAUUCAAACAUGGUCUGGACCAUUAUCUGAACAUUGGCAUCAACAUCAAACAAAAUUGCAGCGAAAAAUUCUCAAACGAAUGCGAGAAUUAGGAAUGUAUCCAGUUGUACCAGGUUUUUCCGGACAUGUACCACGUGCAUUUCGACGAAAAUUUCCUUUGACAAAAAUGAAUCGUUUAGCCAAUUGGAAUCAUUUUGGAGCGAAUUAUAGCCAGACUUAUUUUCUUGAACCUGAAGAUCCUUAUUUCAUUGAUAUUGGAAAAACAUUUAUUGAAGAAUAUAUUGAAAUGUAUGGAACUGAUCAUUUUUAUAAUAUCGAUAUGUUUGUGGAAGAAACACCAUCAUCUAGGAAUCUAUUGUAUCUUCGAAAAUGUGGUAAAGGUGUUUAUGAAAGUAUCCGUCGAGCUGAUCCAGAAGGAAUUUGGUUACUGCAAGGAUAUCCAUUCAAUUCAUUGUAUGAUAAAUUUUGGGGUCCAAAACAAGUAAAAGCAUUAGUUACAGCUGUACCAUCGAAUAAGAUGAUAAUUUUGGACAAUAUUGCCGAAGUUAUACCGAUCUAUCCACAAACCGAUGGUUAUUUCGGGCAACCAUUUAUCUGGUGUAUACUACAUAAUUAUGGCGGUGUUAAUGGAAUGUUUGGAUCAUUGAAUCGAAUUAAUCAGCAUGGAGUUUUCGAUGCACGUAAUCAAUAUCCAAAUAUGUUGGGUAUAGGUGUUGCACCGGAAGGUAUUGAACAAAAUGAUAUCGUAUAUGAUUAUAUGUUAGAAGUGCCAUGGUAUGAUCAACCACCAAAUCAAUCUGAAUGGUUUUCACGAUAUUCCCAACGUCGAUAUGGUAUCGAAGAUCAACAUUUAGAUCAUGCAUGGCAAUUAUUACGGAAAUCGGUCUAUUAUGAUCCAAUUGGCAUUAAAAAUCAUGGUCGAUAUAGUUUCAUAUCUAGACCUCGUCCACAUUCACAUUCGAUGCUUUGGUAUGAUCCACGCAAUGUUUCUAAUGCUUUACGUUUAUUCAGCAAAUAUAUGGAGAAAAAUCCUAAAAUCAUAUAUCGAUCCGAUACAUUUGUUCAUGAUUUGGUCGAUAUAUCUCGACAAACAUUGCAGCUAAUUUUUGAUUAUCACUAUAAAAUAAUAGAUAAUGCAUUCGAACAGCGGCAACAAAUUGCAAUUUUAUAUGAAUCGAUAAAUCAACUUAAAAAUGUUCUCGAUUUGACCGAAUCCAUUCUUCAAUCAUGUCAACAUUGUCUACUAUAUAAUUGGAUUCAUGAUGCACGAUUAUUAGGCAAUGAUACGGAUGAAAAAGAUUUUAAUGAAUGGCAAGCACGAACACAGAUUUCCAUAUGGGGGCCACAAUCUAAUAUUGCAAAUUAUGCUGCCAAACAAUGGUCUGGUAUGUUUCAUUACCUAUUCAAACCACGAUGGGAGUUAUUCUUUACCGAAAUCAUCGAUUGUUUAACUCAUAAUCGAACUUAUAAGGGUAAAGAAUUUCGUAGGAAAUUAUUCGAAACGAUUGAUUUACCAUUUACGUAUCAAAAAGCUGAACAACAAGAAUUGGUGAAAAAAGCAAACGUUUAUAAUCUUAUCUCUAACGUUGAUUCAGUGAUCACUAUGGCUGCCAAAUCGAUCGAUUUACAAUCAAAUUUUAAAUAUUAUUACAAUGAUACUGAAAGAUGGUUAGAAUGAUGAUUGAUCAUUGAUAAUAAUCAUUUUGUUUUCGGCUAAUAAUUUGGGAGUUUUCCAUUUAUUAAUCAGUCAUUUGCGAUUCACAAUGAAAGGGCGUUUUCAAUCAUUCGGAUGCUUUAAAAACGAUUUGCAAUCGAUCAUUUUCUCAUUCCAGUCAUCAUAUUUAUUUCCAUUUUGAGAUUUUUCAUAAAAUUCAUCUUACUAAACGAUAAUGGCCAAAUUUAUUUCGAUCACGACCAUAACAUUGCUGCUGUUAAUGACCAUAACCACGAUUCGAACAAUUGAUUCGAAACCAAACGAUGUGAAUAAGAAUAAUAACAGCACUAAACCAUCAAAUGAAACAACAUUCAAAACUACUAUAGCUAACAAUACAAAGACAAGUCCGUCAUCAUUAUCAACAAAGAAAUUCUCCAGUCAAAAUCGUACGGCGCCCACCAUGCUUCAUUCAACAACAACUACGUUGAAACCGACUACUAAGAAAAUGUCAACACCAAAUCCGACGUCAACAACAUCAGCAUCAACUCAUCGACCAAAUGCUGCCCGAUCAGAAAAUUUGUCUAAAUCAAUUGGAUUGGCAAUAAUCGUGUUGUUUUUGUUGUUUAAAUUAUAAAUAAAUGAUAAAAUCGAUGAUUUUCAAUUGAACAUAAAAAAAAUUCAAUUUUUUCACAGUUUAUAUAAACACAAGUCUAUCCAUUUAUUCAAAUUGAUUUUAUGAAUCUAAUCAAAAUUUUAUCAAUCAUUUUUCGACAAUUUCACCUUUUUUUAUCAAUAAUGAUCUGGAGUAAUUUUUAUUUUGCAAAAAAAUAUAAAUAAAAUUUUUUCAUUAAUACAAAUCGAACCAUUUUGAAUAUAGUGUGUUGGCGCGGAUAUA